AUGGAUCUUGAACGAGCGGGGCCGGUGGAUAGUGGGCAAGCGCGUUUGGAGGCGCUUGGGUAUAAGCAGGAGCUCAGGAGGACGUGGGGCACGAUGGCUAGUUUUUCCUGCAGCUUUGCGCUGAUGUCCUGCAUCAUGUGCAUCACGGGCGGCCUAAAUACAGCCUACAUGAAUGGCGGACCGGUCUCUGCAGUCUAUGGGUGGAUACUAGUGUCAAUAGCAAACUUGCUGGUGGGGUUGUCAUUGGCAGAGAUCGCUUCAUCAUAUCCCAUUGCAGGCGGCCCUUACUUCUGGGUCCUAGAGAUGACUCUGAACGACCCGAAGUACACAAUGCUCGCCUGGGUUACAGGCUGGCUGAACGUUGUGGGGCAAUUCGCGUGCACGUCCGGAUCAGGUUACCUGACAGCGAAGCACAUGGCGGUGAUGUGGCAAAUGGGCAACGGCCACGUGUUGACGCCCUUCGAGAUGUUCUUGUCCUACGCAAUCAUCCUGGUGGUAUCGGGCGUGGUGGCAUCCAUGACUACGGACGGCGUUCGGCUCUACGCAGUCUUCGCUGCGUUCUUCAUGGUCAUAGGCGGAGGCUUCCUCAUCGUGAUUCUGCCGAUGCUAGCGCCAAAGCUGCAGAGCCCCUCUUUUGUGUUUGGCGAGUUCUUCUCCUGGCAAGCAGGCGACCUGGGCAUACCCAGCACCACAUAUCUGUUCAUGCUGGGCACUCCUGCCGCGCUUUUCAGCUACAUAGGCUUUGAGGCGCCGGCGCAGUUUGCGGAGGAGACAAAGAAGGCUGACAGGGCGGUGCCAUGGGGCAUCAUGUGGAGCAUCCUGGUGACAGCAGUUUUGGGCUUCGCCUACCUAGUGGUCCUGCUCUUCUGCAUCCAGGACCCAGACACAGUGCUGACGGGCAAUGCCCAGGGCUACAUAGUGGGCCAGAUCUUCAACGAUGUUUUCCAGGGGCGAUUUGGGAAUGGGACAGGGGGAGUGGUGCUGCUGGGCAUUCCCCUGAUGGUCAUCUUCAACACAGCAGUCAUGAGCAUGAUCACGAAUGCCAGGAUGCUGUGGGCGUUCUCGCGGGACGGCGGCGUUCCCUUGCACAGGGUCUGGGGGGCGAUAAACGACCAUCUGCAUACGCCCCUGAAUGCCACCUGGGCCAUGACUGCGCUGGCAUUUUUGCUGGGCCUGCCCAUAUUAUUUUCCACCACAGCCUUCCUGGCCAUCGGAUCCAUCAUGUGUGUCGCCCUGUACUUCAGCUACUGCGUGCCCAUCCUGAUGCGCAUCCUGUUUGCGCACAACUUCCAACCGGGCCCCUUCAACAUGUCGCGCUUGCAGCCCUACCUCAACAUCCUCACCUUCGUCUGGAUCGUCUUCUCUGUGGUGUGUGUGAUCCUGCCCUCAUCGCUGCCCGUAACGUCGGAGAACCUAAAUUGGACCCCCAUCACAGUCGCCAUCGCGCUCACGGUGAGUCACCCCUGCAGGCCCUCUCCACAGUCUCUUGGCUCGCAUUGCUUGCAUUCUGUACACAACUAG